GCCGGCGUGGGGGGCGCGGGGCCCGCCCCUAAGAUCGGCUCCCGGGGCUCGUGCCUGGCCCCCGCCCUACACCCGGGGCUGCUCGGGCCGGCCGUGCGCUGAAGCGGGGUCGGUGUGCGAGGAUGGGGUUCAGUAGGCCACAGUCCUCUCCCAAGCCGUGGCUGCCGGGUCCUUCCUCCAGGACCCCCAAGUGAGGCUGGGAGCAGGAGGGACCCCCCCUCCCGGUCAGGGCACCAGGCUGUGUGUCCCCUGCGAGCCCCCGCCGGGUAUGUUCUGGGGGGUCAGCAGUCUGCAGUCCUGUCCCAGUCGCUGCAUGUGGCUUAUGGGGGGUGUCCCCUGCAAGCUCCAGCUGGUUGUGCCCUGGUGGGGAGGGGUCAGCGGGCCACAGUCCCAUUCCCACCUCCAUGUGGCUUCUGGGGACUUUCAGAAUCCCCAGGCCGGGCUGGUCAGGUGCACCCACCUCUAGGGGGCCUGUGCCGUGGGGGAGGGGAUGGGAUGUCCCCUCAGCCCUGCACUUCGCAGACACCCCAGGCCUAAGUGCUGUUUCCUGUCGGAGCGGGAAGUUUCUGCGCAGCCCGGGCGGUGACUGCUGUUGAGUGCUGGUUUCAGAUGAGCGAAUCUGGGGGGGAAGGGGAGGGCAGGUGCUGGGCAGGGGCCCCGCAGGACCUGGCCCAGGGGACGCAGUGAUGUCAGCCGGCCCGCCCCACCCCUCAGGCCGGGGUUAUGUAAUCGCUUCACUGGGCUUCCUUGGGCAGGGACCUGUUGCCCGGUAGGGAAGGACUGGAGAGAGGAAGAGGGAAAGCGAGUGCGAGUGUGUGUGUGUGUCUGUGUCUUGUGUGUACACACACGCGGUGCUCCAGGGUGGGAGGAGCAAGGAGAGACUCUGGGAAGAAUUCCCAGGUCUGUCCAGCCAGCGCCCCAGGGCACCACUCCCCCCCCUGCCACCCCUGCCCAGUUUUCCCCUAGGGCAGCAGGCCUGGCACCAUCGGAGUGUCAGGGGCUGGGCGGGAAAGAGGAGGACCUGACAGUGGUCUUUUCCCUCCUGGGGCCAGGCGUGAGCUGAUACAGGGACAGUGCAUGGGGCCAGCCAGGCAGCCAAAGCACACUUGAACUUUCUAGAUGGUUCCAGCCGCCUCCUGCCAAGGCCUGCUGACUCGAGUCCCGCAGCCAGACCUAGAACAGUGGGACCAGGACCGCCCACACUGCCCGGGACUGUGAGCCGGCCUCUGUGCAUGGCCAGGGCAGCCUGGCUGGGAGCUGGGAAGAGCCGCACUCAGGUUGUCUGGGGCCCAGAGAGGGGCAGUGACUUGGCCCAGAGCACCCGGCAUCCUCACUGGGACUGGGACCCCCACCACCUCUGCAGGCCCCUCCCGCCUGGUUCACCCGGACAGGGGCAGAACCCCUUCGAGCUGGCCUUCUCCCUAGACCAGCCGCACCACGGAGACUCUGACUUUGGCCUGCAGUGCUCAGCCCGCCCUGGUGAGGGGCCCGAGGGGGAGGAGGGCACACGGCAGCCGCUGUCGCCGCCAUGGCAAUGGCCAGCCCCUGCAGGGGGGUGGGGGCCGGCCGGCCAGGGCCAUGUCCUGAGCCCCCUGGGCGUGCCUCCUGGAACAGACAUGCCUGCCAGCCAGCCCAUCGACAUCCCGGACGCCAAGAAGAGGGGCAAGAAGAAGAAGCGCGGCCGGGCCACCGACAGCUUCUCCGGCAGGUUUGAAGACGUCUACCAGCUGCAGGAGGAUGUGUUGGGGGAGGGCGCUCAUGCCCGAGUGCAGACCUGCAUCAACCUGAUCACCAGCCAGGAGUACGCCGUCAAGAUCAUUGAGAAGCAGCCAGGCCACAUUCGGAGCAGGGUUUUCCGGGAGGUGGAGAUGCUGUACCAGUGCCAGGGACACAGGAACGUUCUAGAGCUGAUUGAGUUCUUCGAGGAGGAGGACCGCUUCUACCUGGUGUUUGAGAAGAUGCGGGGAGGCUCCAUCCUGAGCCACAUCCACAAGCGCCGGCACUUCAACGAGCUGGAGGCCAGCGUGGUGGUGCAGGACGUGGCCAGUGCCUUGGACUUUCUGCAUAACAAAGGCAUCGCCCACAGGGACCUAAAGCCGGAAAACAUCCUCUGUGAGCACCCCAACCAGGUCUCUCCCGUGAAGAUCUGUGACUUCGACCUGGGCAGCGGCAUCAAACUCAACGGGGACUGCUCCCCUAUCUCCACCCCGGAGCUGCUCACUCCGUGCGGCUCAGCGGAGUACAUGGCCCCGGAGGUGGUGGAGGCCUUCAGCGAGGAGGCCAGCAUCUACGACAAGCGCUGCGACCUCUGGAGCCUGGGCGUCAUCUUGUACAUCCUGCUCAGCGGCUACCCGCCCUUCGUGGGCCGCUGUGGCAGCGACUGCGGCUGGGACCGCGGCGAGGCCUGCCCUGCCUGCCAGAACAUGCUGUUUGAGAGUAUCCAGGAGGGCAAGUAUGAGUUCCCUGACAAGGACUGGGCUCACAUCUCCUGCGCUGCCAAAGACCUCAUCUCCAAGCUGCUCGUCCGUGACGCCAAGCAGAGGCUGAGUGCCGCCCAAGUCCUGCAGCACCCCUGGGUUCAGGGGUGUGCCCCGGAGAACACCUUGCCCACUCCCAUGGUCCUGCAGAGGAACAGCUGUGCCAAAGACCUCACGUCCUUCGCGGCCGAGGCCAUCGCCAUGAACCGGCAGCUGGCCCAGCAUGACGAGGACCUGGCGGAGGAGGAGGCCGCAGGGCAGGGCCAGCCCGUCCUGGUCCGAGCUACCUCACGCUGCCUGCAGCUGUCUCCACCCUCCCAGUCCAAGCUGGCGCAGCGGCGGCAAAGGGCCAGCCUGUCCUCGGCCCCCGUGGUCCUGGUGGGAGACCGUGCCUGACCCUCCCGUCUCCCCUCUGUACAUAGGUUGCCCGUCCCCCAAUCAAAUCUAAAGGUUUUUUAAGCUAUCGCCAGCCGGUGUCCAGCGGGCUGCCCCUCCUCUGGCUGGAUUCCCAGGCACUAAGCUCAGCUCAGGGGGGCGUUUUCUAGAAGGUUUUUGCUUUUGGGUUUUUUUUUUUCCCGUUUCCACCCCUCCCCGUUAUUUUUUCCUUUGGAUGGUUAAAAGUAACGCAGGCACCCGGUGAGGUGAGCAGAGGGUAGGUGGCUGGGCUUGUCCCCUCCCCGGCCCCCCGCCCUGUUCACCUCUACUGUGAAGGUGCCCCCAGGUCACCUGUGCCGCCCGCCAUCUGCCCACAUGGCUUGCAGUGACUCAGGAGAGCAGGCCCACAGCGUUUGCCAUCUUGCAGAGCUAGGGAGGGGCACAGGACCCUGUCCCCAUGUUCCCUCCCAGCCCCCAGUAUUUCAGGGACAGGCUCUUCCCCUCUAUCCCUCACCCUGAGAGCACCCCUGGUGGCUUGGUUGGGGAGGGGAGGGGCUGCCUGUCUCCAGAGGGGCCAGGCAGGCAGGUGGCGGGCAGCUCACCCACCCACCCCAUGGGAUCCCCCAGCCCUUCACCUGCGCCUGCCUUGUCCCCAUGCUAGUUGACAAUCGGGUCUUCCUGCAAGGCCCGUCUGUCUGUCCAGAACUCCCGGUGGCCAGAUUCGGCCUCCGACCUUGACCUUAAACUGCAGCUGACCCCAGGGGCUAGCUGCUGCCCCGCCCCACCACACCAGGGCCUGAGACAGCAGGAGCCCCGCCCGGCCCGAAGCCAUUUCCACCGCGGCAGGCAGAGGGGCUGGACAGGCACUGUCAGCCAAUGUGGGGGGUCCUGAAGACACCCCCUUGGGGCACCCGAGUGCCCCUUCUCAGGGCUCAGUCUGACCGUAGCCACGUCCUGCCUCGCGCCGCCCCUCAGGCCUGGCCUGGAAGCUCCGUCAGCUCCCUCCUUGUCCUUAGAGCUGAGCCCAGACCCCAGGGUCUGGCCGAAUCCCACCCUCAGGGCAGUGUUUUUGGUCUGCCACCUUCAGGAAAAUGGCCGCGGCCUCGGCCUCCCUUCGGGCACCCAGGAAUGGGGGCGUCUGCUCAGUCCCCCCACCCUCCAUGCUCCGACCCCCGAGGGCUGCGGAGCCUGCCGCCUCUCCCCGCGGGUGGGGACGUUCUAUGCAAUACAGGGUUCCACUUUAGAAGUGCGCGGGGCUGUGCUGUGGGGGCAGCUAUGGUCACCGCCCGCCCUUCCCAGCGCAGCCCCCGAACUCCACAGCUGGGGCAGUCCCUCUGGCUUCUAAAUCCGCGGUCGGAUUCUUCGUCGUGUUUAGUUUUUUAGGUUUUUUUUUUUUUUUUUUUUUAAGGAAAACAAAAACAUCGGUUGACUUUGCUUCCCUGUUCUUGAAGAAUACUUGAAUGUUGGGGGGGCCUGGGGGUGGGGGCCUCGGAGACCGUCUGCCCGGCCCUGGUGCCCCUCCUGAAUCUCGUACGAUGGUCACAGUCCGGUGGCCGUGGGGGUGCUCUAUCCUCCCUGGUCCCCGCUGCCCAUAUCUGUGGACUACCCCUUCCAAAGACCCCUGGGGGUGGGACAGGCUGCCCACCCCUUUCCCCCAUCUCUCCCGUCGGUGAUUCCAUGUUUUGUAACGGGGGAUUCUCUGCCUUUUUCUAUCAAAGAACAAGCAAAUGGACCCCCGCCCGCUGCAGGCGCCCACAGCCAUCGGGUCUCCAAAGCUGAGCAGCUAGCAGCCUUUUUUUUUUCUUUAUUCCUGAAGGUGGGACAGUCACUUCCUCCUCCCUCCCCACCGCUGUCGCAUCCUUGUGCGACCUGGAGGACUGGUCAGAACCAUUACUGUGAAUGAGUGAAGAUCCUGGAGGACCCUGGGCCCCAGGCCAGCUCCCAGCGCUGGGGGACGGUGAACGGCCAUGUGUUAAUGUUACAAUGUUUUUAAAAGACAAAAAAAAAAAAAAAACUCAAAGUUUUUUUAAAGUGGGGGAAAAACAUCCAAGCACUUUAAUUCCGUUGUACCAGGUGAACUGACGGAGCUCAGAAGUUUCCCUUUACACCAACUGUCAAUGCCGGAAUUUUGUAUUCUGUUUUGUAAAGAUUUAAUAAAAGUCGAAAAACCUGC